AUGUCGGGCGAAGGAGGAUUGUGGAACGCUCCAAAAGUGGUAUACAGUAAACAAACACACGAUUUACUUAAAGAUAUGAUGAGGGAGUCAAAGCUAACAAACCUUCAACAAAGGCACAUUGAGAGAACACUGAAAGAGGGAGGUAACCUACCUACUAAUGUACUGGCCACAUCCUCCAAGUCUGAAAGUCUCAAGCGCAAGUCUCACGCUCCUCUACCUAAAGUCCUGAACCCAAGAAUUUGUUCUGGUGGCAUUAGAACUAAAGACACUAUGCAAGCAAUGGGCGCAUUUGAGAAACCAGAAUAUACACCAUCUGUUACAUGUACAAGGUCUUGCAGAGAGAAAGAGAAACUGGCAAACAUCAUGGCUUAUGGAGAAGACAAACCACAGAUCCAAGUCAAGAGAAAACAAGUUGUAAAGAUAGAAACACCACCACCUCUCCCUGACAGAUUUGAUGAAUUGCAGAAUGAAAUCAGAGAGAGGCAAGAGUUUUUGAAGGACAUGGAGGCACUAGGUCAAGGAGACAAAUAUCGCACUAUCAUUGCCACAGAAAUUUCUCAGAAAAUUCGAGAGAUGGAAGUCAUCGAUAAAAAGAGAUCCAUAGAGCUUCAAAAAAUGAUUGAGCUAGAGGACAAGCAAAAGCUGAAGAUUCACAACACAUGA